GAGAGGUGGGGGAGGAAGAGAGAAAGGAGAUAGAGAGAGGUGGGGGGGAAAGGCGUUUCCACGCUUGGCCGCCGGCUUUCCGCUCACACUCGGCGUCGAGAGCAGUCACAACCGUCCUCACAUCGGUGUGUCCACGUCACGGCCGUUUUUCCCACGCUGAUGACGCCCCCCUCCCCUCGUCCCUCUUCAUCUUCAUCACCAUCAUUGUGACAUCGAGGGACUGGACUUUUUUUUUUAACCCUCCCACCCAACUCUCUUUUGUCUGACCCGGUUCCGGCUUCAAUUAUUCCACGUCGUUCUUUCCUCACUAAGAUGGCGGCGGAGUACAGCUCUUUGCUUAGCGACCUGUCUGACAACAUCACCAACGAGGACCUGGAGCAGCUCAAGUCCGCAUGCAAGGAGGACAUCCCCGAGGACCAGAGCAACGUCAUCACGUCCUCCAAGGAAUGGUUCAGCUACCUGGAGAAGAACGACAAGCUGGCCCAGGACAACCUGUCCUACAUAGAGCACAUCUUUGAGAUUUCGCGGCGGCCCGACCUGCUAACUCGCGUCAUCGAGUACCGCACCACCGUGCUGAAGAUCUCUGAGGACGACGAGAUCGACACCAAGCUGACUCGCAUCCCCUCAGCCAAGAAAUACAAAGACAUCAUUCGCCAGCCAUCUGAAGACGAGAUCAUCAAGUUGGCUCCUCCCCCCAAAAAGGCAUGAAGUUGGCUGCCGUGAUCUUUCGCAACCACCGACUCCUUCACUCCUGGCUCGCCAGUCAACCAACUGACCGUCUGGUUCUCAUCAACGUAACCCCACCCCUCUUCUUUUUCCAUUACACACACACACACAUACACACACUGACAAACCACUUAUAACCAAUCAGGAAACAAUAGAAGUAUCAUUUCUGUAGUCAUUGGAGUUAUCCACCAUCCAGGUUCCUGCCAUGAGUCACGUUCUGAAUGUUGACUCUAGACAGUUCUUGUCUGUACUUUUUCCUCUCUAAGGUUCUAUCUAAACAAAACAAAAUGUAGUGCUAGUAUCAUCUUGGGCCUGCCUUCUGGCUAGAACCUUGGCGGAAAAAAAAAAAAAAAAAAGUCUUAACACAAUCAACGCUAGCAAGACUGUUGAAGCCUAACUGACACUGUGUCUCUGCCCCCCCC